CUCAGAACGGAAGGUCGUCCAAGGCGCGUUUGAAGCUUUAGACGACGUUACAGUAAUAUUCGCGACCUUCUCGUAAAAUCCACGGAGUAGUUAGUGACUUUGUUCCGGCGUCAAGGCUAGGCAGAGGCAUGGUUAGGCACAGGCAUGGUUAGGCGCUUGGUGGACGCAAAUCCACAUAACGUCAAGACUACAGUUAAAUAGAGCCAGGUUGUUCCGUUCCCAAAGCUAUGGUUUGUGUGACGAGAAAGAAAUCGGCAGCCAUAAACUCCGAAUCAUGUCUUCUUCACCUUCGUUCUAUUCCAUUGAGAGCCUGUCGCUCGCCGAUCAGGCUCGCUUCAACCAAUUUAGCAGGGGACCUCGUGUGUCGAUCCCCUACCAUGUCGUUCACCACGCUUUCGAGGCCAUCGCAGCUGCCCAUCCCCAUGUUACGGCAGUUCGACACUCUGACGGGACAACCAUCACCUACCGAGAGCUUGAUCGCCGGGCCAAUAUGCUCGCCAACGAGCUUAAGGGCACAUACGGCGUGACGGUUGGAAACCGCGUCGUCCUCGUAUACUCGCGGUGCAUCGAGAUGGUUGUAUUCAUUCUCGCAGUCCUCAAAGCAGGCGGGCAAUACGUACCCUUGGACGGCGGCAUCAUCCCUGAGGACACCCUCGGUCAUGGCAUUGUCGAUUCCAAUGCUUCUGUUGUGCUGUGCCUCCCAAAGUUCCGGGAGAAAGUGGAGCGGAGCAUCCCUGCAGGAAGGCGAAGCUCCGUCAAGGUACUCGACCUCGACAAACACUCUUUGCUAUGGCAACAGGGGAACCCCGUGAGUCCUAUGGUGGACGUCCGGCCAGAUAACGGCGCAUAUGUGAUCUACACCUCCGGGACUACUGGGAAAUCCAAAGGUGUUGAUGUGCGGCAUGAGGGCGUUACCAACACUCUCCUGGCGGAGCCCUCCCGGCUGGGAAUCACUGUGGGGAAGAAUGUAGCACAGCAGUUGAAUGUCGGUUUCGACAUGUGUGCGUGGGAAAUUCUUGGUACCGUGAUGAACGGCGGCACACUUCACAUCCGAGGCAGUGGGAUCGAGCUCUGGACAGAUUGCCUGCGACGCGUGGAUACAGUCAUCGCGACGCCCUCUGUCGUGCUGAAGUAUAUGCCUCGACGUGAAGACUUUCCAAACGUUCAAACGAUCGCAGUAGGCGGUGAACCCUGUCCGCUUGCUCUAGCUGAGCAUUGGGCACCGUACGUGAAGUUCUGGAACGUGUGUGGCCCUACUGAGAUCAGCAUUCUGAACACUGCCCACCUUCACAAGCCUGGCGGCACCUUAUCGAUCGGCAAGCCGAAUCCAAAUACAAACGUCUACAUUCUAGACGACGAUGAGAAUCCCGUUAAGAUCGGAGAACCCGGAGUCAUGUGGGCUGGAGGCUUAGGCGUUUCACGAGGCUACCUGAACCUACCAGAGUUGACAGCUACACGAUAUAAACGCGACAAGUUCACUCAGGAUGGGCGCAUGAUGUUCAAUACUGGUGAUCUUGCUCGUUGGCUCGAGGAUGGAAGCCUGAUGCCCCUGGGCCGGAAGGACGACCAGGUGAAGAUCAAGGGAUUUCGAGUCGAGCUGGAUGGCAUUUCCCGUUCCAUCGAAAAGGUUCCGAGUGUCACGAAAGGGUGCGCACUCAAGAUUGAAGAUCGUCUGUGGGGGUUCUACUCCGCCCCUGUGAGAAUCGACGAAGCCGAGUUAAAGAGGAUUGUAGGCUCCGGGCAGCCAUUCUACGCUGUCCCAACCGUCUGGAAACAUUUACCUGCCAUUGAGCUGACACCCAACGGCAAGGUUGAUAAGAGAGCUCUCUACAAGAUCGCUGCCGAGAGCUCUCCGGAGGGGUCGCAACUCUCGUCUCCAUCAUCGCUCACACCAGUACCGUCUAUUCCACACUUGAAGUCUACGUACGCCUCAAGUAGCUCGGCUGUGAGCGAGGCCGGUACGGCCCUCCCUGCAACCGGAUCCAAUGGCUCUGAUCUGGAUCUGGAAAAGACGCCCAAGACCAUCGUGGAAGAAAUGGAGGAAGAGCACGAGCUACCAGAAAAAAAUGGUCUUCACGGCCUACGGUGGGUGCGUCACCGAGCUCUCAUGGCUUACCGCAAGCUAUUUGGAGUUAUCUUUCUCGCAAAUCUGAGUGUCUUCGUGUUCCUAUUGUGGGACAGCCGCGACAGGAACUACUCUCUACCGCAGUCUCACUUAGCCACGGCAGUCUCUGCAAAUCUUAUGGUGGCCGUGCUCCUUCGCCAGGACUACGUCGUCAACUUCAUCUACUGGAUGUGCUCCAGAGUCCCCACAUCAAUGCCACUAAGCAUCCGGCGACAUUUUGCGCGCGUCUAUCAUAACGGUGGCGUCCACUCGGGAUGUGCUGUUUCUGCCACCGUUUGGUGGGUGAUCUUUACGGUUUCGGCAAGCCGCGACAGUACCGGACAGGUGCUAUCUUCUACCAAGCUGGCCACCCUUGGAUUGACCUACCUUAUACUGUUUCUUCUCUUGGCUAUAGUGGUUAUGGCUUAUCCUACCAUACGCAUUGCGAUGCAUGAUCAGUUCGAAUGGAUUCACCGCUUCGGAGGGUGGUCUGCAUUGGCAUUGGUCUGGGCACAUAUCAUCGCCUCCGCCGCGUCAACGUCCUCUGAGCCCUUAGCUACAACACUGGCUAAAACCCCGUCCAUCUACCUCGUGGCCGUGACUACGUUUAGCGUUGCGUUACCCUGGAUGAGACUGCGGCGCGUCAAAGUUGUUCCCGAGCCGCUGUCGAAACAUGCAGUCCGACUACAUUUCGAUUUCUGCACGCCCGGGCCAUCUACCUCUCUGGGUGUCCGUAUCACAGAUCGGCCUAUGGUUGAGUGGCAUGCUUUUGCCGCCAUCCCCGACCCAAGCGGAAAGGGCUUCUCUAUUAUUGUCUCGAAGGCUGGCGACUGGACAAAGAGGAUAAUCGAGAAGCCGCCCACCUCCAUCUGGACCCGUGGUACUCCGGCCUCGGGUGUCCUCGCCAUCACUCCCCUCUUCAAAAAGGUUGUACUUCUCGCUACUGGAUCGGGAAUCGGGCCGUGUCUCCCCGUCAUCAUGGAGCGCCGCGUGCCAUGCCACGUAGUGUGGUCGACCAAGAACCCAGUAGCGACCUACGGGCAAAAGAUAAUCGACAUGGUCCUUGCCUGCGACCCAGAGGCCGUUAUCUGGGAUACGGACGAGCGGGGCAGACCGGACCUCACGAAGUUGGCCUACCAGGCCUACAAGGACAGCGGCGCGGAGUGUGUCUGCAUCAUCUCGAACCGGAGUACAAUCGCGAAGACAACAUACCAGCUAGAGAGUCGUGGCAUCCCGGCCUUUGGACCUAUUCUAGAUUCUUAGAGCACACCUGUCUACGCCUCUGUCGUGGGUAGAUUACGGAGGUGUGUCCGAAAGUACCGGAUAUAGGCCUUGCACAAUAUCCCGCCAUUCCAUUUUACGAUCUUCGAACUUUCCCGACUUUCCCAAGACCGCGGCGAUAUACAUUUGGGAAUGUGAUAUCCGGAGGUGCCCGAAGCUCCGAAUACAGUCCUGCGGGCCAAGAGGGCAGUUUUAGCCAUUCGAAGGGGAGAGGGGGA